AUGGUGUAUUGCGGUCCGUCGUGCACCAUCCCAUCAUUUGCCUCUAGACCCGUGGUUGGGUUUGGCUCAGGUUAUGGCCUUGGUUGUGGCUAUGGUGGCUACAGUGGCUAUGGCGGCUACGGCGGCUACGGCAGCUACGGCGGCUAUGGCGGCUACGGCGGUUACGGCUAUGGUGCUGAACAUGCAGCAAACCUUGGCAUUCUCCCUGGGGUCCAGCAAUCAUGUAUCAGCCAGCUCCCACAGUCAGAAAUUGUGCUCCAGCCACCUCCCAUCAACGUUACCAUCCCUGGAGCUGUCCUCUCUGCUUCCUGUGAGCCAAUUGCAGUGGGAGGAAACACAGCAUGUGCUGUAGGCUCAUAUGGGUAUGGAGGUCUGGGUGGAUAUGGACUGGGUGGGUAUGGAUAUGGACUGGGUGGAUAUGGAUAUGGACUGGGCAGAUAUGGGCAGGGAUAUGGAAGAGGACUCUACGGUUACGGGUCACUUGGCCGUAGGUCUUUACUGUCAGGUAGCCGGAUCUAUGGAUGCUAUUGCUGAGGACAGAUGCAAAGAACAACAACAUGGAAAUGGAAGCAACAGAGAAGACCCAUGGGUGAGGUUAUAGGGCUAUUUG